AAAAGUAAAACCUUUAGUUUCAUCGUUUCAUCAUCAACGUUUUAAGCGAAUUUGAUAUAUAAGAGCUGUAGUUACAGAUGAAAUAGAAAUUACUUCUUAAUGUUGGGUCAAGGGAACUUUCCAAUAACUUCAAAUUUGGGUGUGUUUAAGCUAGGUGAUGGUUCGUUUGUUUAAUCCAUCGACACGUUAAAGUAAUUUUGGCUAUGUUGGAUGGGAUGUGGUGAAGACGUAAAAAUGGGCGUGGCUUAUCCUUGUCUAUCGUGCUAUGGCAUAAGAGGCUUCUGCCCCGUGGCGUGAAAGUGGGCGUGGCUUCUACACUGUAGCGUGAAAGUGGGCGUGGCUUCUACACUGUCUCGUGAAAGUGGGCGUGGCUUCUACACUGUAUCGUGAAAGUGGGCGUGGCUUCUACACUGUAUCGUGAAAGUGGGCAUGGCUUCAAUCGUUAUUUUACGAAACAAUAAAAUUAUAAUAGACGUGGCUCUAUUGAAUUACCAUUCACCAAUGAUAUACAUAAACGUACCGUUGUAUUUUUGGAAUGACUAUCGUCUAAUCACAUUGAAGCCGACAGAACAAGAUAAAACAUUUACACUUACUACGACAUCAUCGUAAAUCAUUUUAUGAUUUACAAACCAAAUUAGCCACACCCACUUUGAAGUAAUAGAAUCUCAGCCAAUCGUCUCAUCAAGUCAAAGGGUUUACAGACCAGGAGUAUUAAUAGAUAAAAUGCAUUGCAUGCGUAUAAUGCGUAUGAUAUAAUGCACUUGCAAUAGAUAUAUGCUUAUUGUUGAAAAUUAACAAAAAAGGAGGUGCCCCUAACAAUAUAUAGAUAUCACAACACAUACAAAUCUGUAUAAUUAAGAGAAUUAUAGUAAAAUUUGGAAGGCCUAUAAAUCCUUUUUUUAUUUCCUCAACUAUUUGUUGAACUACUUUAUUCAGUAUAACCAUUAAAACGUCGUCGAUAAAUAUAUCAACAAUCUAAAAUGGUUGUAUAUUGAUUUUUAAAUGGAAGUCGAGCGUUAAAAAGAUCGUCGAUGGUGAUUAGAUAGUGUGAAAGCCUCGGUUUCGAGCAAUAGUCGCCGAGAAGAACCAUGAGGCGUUUCAGGAGAUCAAAGAUCGCAAAUUACAUCCAGGAGUUCGGGAAUGAAACGACCCUGCACGGCAUACCACAUUUAAUCAAGCCCAAAGUACACUACCUGGAAAAGAUUAUGUGGGUAGUCAUAGUCGCCUUGUCGACAGGAGGUGCGAUGUCGCUUAUCCUGAACUCUUGGAACCGAUACAACGCCAACCCAACAGUCAUAUCCCUCGAAAAAGACUUCAGGGACUGGAAUCUCACCUUCCCCGCUUCCACGGCUUGCUUCUUGAACCGGCUGAACGAUACACUCGCAGACGAUUACAUAUAUGAGAAAUGGGGAAUCGACCCGAACACGACAGAGGGCGAGAAGUACAAGGCUUUCUUGGACUCCGUCGUCAACCUGACCUGGGCGAAUAUGGACAGCUUCAAAAACUUCACAGAUUCGGAAGUAUUCACUUCCCUAACCGGCGAGCAACUCGUCGACAUAGCGAGAAAUGUGAUGGUGGAGAUGAUCUUCCACUCGAACAUAUUCAACCCGAUUUACAAAAAUAUCUCUUUCGAACCGACCGUGACUGAAAUGGGCUACUGCUAUAGUUACAGCUCGAUAGUCUCGAGUUUCCUGCAUUUUAAGGAUCAAGCCGUUGUGACUUAUAAAAAGGACCUUCCAGUCUGUAAUUAUCUGAAUUCAUUGUGUUACGCUCGGAUAGAAGAUCUGCCGACUACUGUCAAAUAUUACAUACAUUCACCUUAUGAAAUACCGGACGUGAACGACAAGUAUUUCGUUGUGAUUCAGAACAUGGAAAGGGACACGUCGUUCCGUUUCCAGGAGAUGGUCGCGUCUGAGGACCUGAGGAGGCUGGACCCGAUGCAGCGCCAGUGUCGCUUCGUCGACGAGCCCCUCGAAGGAGACAAGUUUUACAGCUACAACCUGUGCAUGAUGAACUGUAGGAAGAGGGUGGCGGUCGGACUGUGCGGCUGCAUGCCGUAUUUCUACAUAAAGGGCGACGGAGCGAAACUGUGCGACGUCAAAGGGCUGGCCUGUCUCUCCAAGUACAAAGAACGGAUCGUUCGUCUCAGGGAGGAAGACGGACGGCGCAUCCACUGCAACUGCCUCUUUCAGUGCGAAUACACUUCAUUCUACAUCGACAAAGACGCCCAACGUCAAUGGAGUUAUCCCGUACCGUCCAACAUCCGUUACAGAUGGGCUAUCGAGCACUACAGCAAGACGAGGCAAAAGCGAGACAUCAUUUUCGGCUUUGAAGACCUCCUUGGUAAUUUAUUUGCCUGUCGUAUUUUCAGCAGGGCUUACAUCCAACUUUUUGUUUCCUAUUACAGUUUCACUAGGUGGCACAGCCGCCUUUUUCCUAGGCUGCAGCGUGCUCAGCUUCGUCGAGCUCGCUUAUUUCUUCACGCUCCGACUCUUCUGGUACAUCUUCAGUAAAUGAA